AGUAGAUCCCGGAUCCCGGAAGUAAAUUGUCUGUUAGCUAUGUAGCCUAACAUACACCAUCAGCUAGCGAUAGAUAUGUUUACUGUUGUCACUUCGUUACGUCGUGUAUCUAAUAUGGGACCGCUGUCAACCGGCACGGUGCUGAGAAAUAGAAAGAAAAGAGCUGAAAACAACCCAGGACCCCAGAUUUGAUCUCAAGUGGGUGCAAUUUAUCACAUCAUGUUGGUGACAGCAUAUCUUGCCAUCAUUUUCCUUCUCGCCCUGUGUGUUGGCCUUGAGUUGGCAGCACGCCGCCUCACCCCACCUCAGUCUGCUCCUACUGCCACAGCCAACCCAGUUUUCCGUCGAUUCCAGAGUAUAUUCCUCCGGGCAUACCUAUUGGCUUUGUGGGCAGACUGGCUCCAGGGUCCUUACCUCUACAAACUGUACCGCCACUACAGCUUCCUGGAAUCUCAAAUAGCCAUCUUAUAUGUGUGUGGCCUGGCCUCCUGUGUUCUGUUUGCUCCUUUUUCAGGCUGGCUCCCUCAAGUCUUGGGCCGCAGACAGACAUGUCUUCUCUUCUGCCUGGCCUACUCUGCUUGUUGUCUCACAAAGCUGUCCACAGACUACUUUGUUUUGAUUGUGGGUCGUAUUUUGGGGGGUCUGUCCACAUCCCUGCUCACCACCACAUUUGAAGCCUGGUACGUGCACCGUCACGUAGACGUCCAUGAUUUUCCCAAGGAGUGGAUCCCCAAUACGUUCACCAAAGCAGCUACCUGGAAUCACGGACUCGCUGUGGGAGCAGGGCUGGUAGCUAACUUGCUGGCUGAAUGGCUCCACCUGGGGCCCGUGGCUCCCUUUCUCCUGGCUGUCCCUUGCUUGAUGGGCUGUGGCUGGGUGGUGCUAACAGACUGGGGCAAAGAGGAGGCUGAAGAAGUUCCUGAAGGGGACAAACAAAAACUACUCCUUGGGACUCCAAAUGGAGGUGUGACCCGUUUGUCUGCGAGGGCCCGUUUCUCACGUAGCUGCCAUGAUGGGUUGCGCUGCCUGCUGUCAGACAAGAGAGUCAUGCUCUUAGGGGGAGUGCAAGCUCUGUUUGAAAGUGUCCUCUACAUUUUUGUUUUCCUGUGGACCCCAGUACUCGACCCUCAUGGGCCUCCUUUAGGAAUAGUAUUCUCUUGCCUGAUGGCUGCCAGCAUGGCCGGCUCCUUGCUCUACCGCCUAGCCACCUCCACACGCUACCGUCUGCAGCCUGGCCAUGUUCUCUGCCUGGCUGUGCUGAUGGCCUUCUUCUCCUUUUUCAUGCUGACCUUCUCCACUGCUCCAGGUCAACCCAGACCUCAUGAAUCCUUCCUGGCCUUCUUGCUGCUUGAGUUAGCUUGUGGGCUCUACUUCCCUGCAGUCAGCUUUCUCCAGGGCAGGGUGAUCCCAGAGGAGAAGCGGGCCGGUGUGCUUGCCUGGUUCAGACUGCCUCUGCACCUGCUGGCCUGCCUGGGGCUGCUGGCACUUCACGGGGAGAUCUCAGGAACAGGUGGAGGGGAGGAGGGCAGCGGCACCAGACACAUGUUUGGAGGCUGUGCAGUUAUGAUGCUGGCAGCUCUAAUGGCGGUCGUCAGCCUGUUCACUCUGGGCAGAAACGACAUAGACCUGAGACUGGAAGGAACCAGAGGGGAGGGGGAGAUGUUCUGAGGAAAAGGACCACAUUUUCCUUUUCAUGCUUGACUGGUUUCAAAUGUAAUGUGACAGUUCUGUGUGACGAAAAGUAAAGAGACCUCAUAUGUUCCGCUGGAAUAGUAAUAAGUCUAUAUUUUGCCAAAUGUAUCAGCGAAGGAAAUCAAAGUCCAAAGGAGGUGUUUUGGUAGAUUAAAAUUCAACUGAAUUUUAAUUUCUUCAUCUAUUGCCUUGUUACUAUUUUGUUGUCUUUCGGGAGAGACUUGUACAAAUCCUGUCUGUGCAGGGAUGCUUUGGGAACAUUUAGACCUUCAUUUUUCAAGUUAUACUGUAAAAUCUGACAAGUAGAUUUUACUUAAAAAA